GUGUCUUCGUCUCGUUCUUAUAUGGCUCGCGUGAAAGGUAGAGAUAACAGGGUAUAUGAAUCAACAGAAGGGUCUCCAGAAGGGGCUGCAAAUCCGGAUCCAACAAAAGCUUCGACGGACGCUUCAGUUCCAACAGAAGCUUCGACGGACGCCGCAGUUCCAAAAGAUGCUCCGACGGAUGCCGCUUCUCCAACAGAAGCUCCAAUGGAUGCCGCUGUUCUUCCAACAGAAGAACCGACGGAUGCCGCUGUAAUUGUUCCAACAGUGGAAUCCGCAGAAGUAACCACCGAAGAAUUAGAAGUUUCUUCGGUUCCGGAAUUGUCUGAUAAAGAAGAGAAAGAAGAAGCCAGUGAGUCAAAGGAAGAAGAAGUCGAUGAGCAUGAUAAAGAAGUCUGUGAGUUGUCAAUUGAUGGUCAGGGUUGUGAUAACGAGGAAGAAGAGAGAGUUAUUGAUGCUGAGGGUGAAGAUGUUGCUGGUGAUAAUGAGGAGGAAGAUGUUGCUGGUGUUGUUAAGAAUAUAGUUGAUGAUAUUGCUGCUGAGGAAGAGGAAGAGGAGAGGGUUAAUGAUGUUGCAGCUGAUACAGAUGAGGAUGAUGAUGAUGAGGAAUCCCAACCAUUGCCGCCAGAGAGCAUGUACUUUAGUCCAACUGAGUACAACAAGGUAUGUAAGGUAGGGAGUAGGUGUAAAGUUGGCCAAACAGUGGCCAUGAUAGAGGCAUUUGAUGAGGAAGUUAGUUGGUACUCCUUGAAAGAGCAUGCUUUGUUGACCGGGUUGGACUGCCAUGAGUACCCAAAGAAUCAUGAGAAGAAGGGUAGUUUGAGGUUUGUCAGAAGGAUGUUUGGGAGGACAGACCUAAUCAAAAUCAAAGAUGUAGAAAAGAAGUUGGCAGCUAUUAAGAGUGAGAAGUGUUUGGAUAGAAAGAAGUUGAUUAUUUUGUUGUUUUUAUGUGCGGUUGUGAAGGCUGAUUCUAAGGGUGAUGGGAACAUAGAGAAAUUCUUGUUAAGGAUUGUUGAUGAUGUUCAUGCUUGUGAGACAUUCCCGUGGGGAAGGUAUUCUUUUGAGCAAUGUAUGACAGGGAUCCGGAGAAUGAUGAAAAACAUGAAAGGUUCGGUGAAACCAAAAGCACAGAGCAGCUUUUUUGGUUUCAUCACUCCUCUUGAGAUUUUUGCAUUUGAGUGCAUACCACAGCUUGGAAGGCGAUUCAGAGAAGCUGUUCCCGCAGCUAAUGACUGUCCAAGAAUGUGCAAAUCUAAAUUCACUGACAGUUGCAUGAAGGGCUUUACCUUGGAUGAAAUAAACCAAGCCCUUGGUGAAAUUAAGGAAAUCUCAAGCAUCUUGGAACCUGAUAUGGAUGAGAAAGAGAUGUUGUCUGGCCUUGUUGAGAAAUAUGUUGAUGAAGGGAUGGGAUUUAUUGAUCCAGUUGUUGAAGGUUGGAGAGAGCAGCUGAUCAGAAAGAAGAAGAAAAUCUGGUGGAAAAGUCUAUACCAGAUGGACUUGCAGGCUCGGGGUUUUGGUGAUGUUGUCCCUGAAGUGGCUGAGAGGCUUGGUGAUGUUAAAGAAAGUGAUGGUGAAGUCCCUGAGAGGCUUGGUGAUAUCCUCUCAUUACAGUCAGCUGUGGACAAAGGAUUUGCGAAGAUCAUGGAGAAGUUGGCUGAGAUGGAUAGCAAAGUGAGUAUGUUGGAUGGGAGAGUGAAAGACUUAGAGGGUUAUGUGUCAGUCCAGCUAGAGAAAGAGCGGUACAAUGAGUAUAAUCCAGGGACUUCAAGUGAUUUUGUGCCAACCUAUUGUACACCAACUGCUAAUCAACCAAUAGCGAGUCCGACAAAGGCUUUGGUCCUUCACAGUGGUUUCACAGACCCUAAGCCAAUCCAAAUUCAAGAAUUGAGUGAUGAAGGUGAUCAGGAGCAGCUGGCUAGGAAAGAGAAGGAGAACAAGAAGAAGAAAGCAGUGAGGCCGAAGCAUAGUGGCCCUACAAUCCAGACCGGGAAAAAGAGACAAAGGAAGGCUUCCAGGUUUCAGGCUGAAGAGUUUACAGCAGAGGGGAAGGGGAAGGGGAAGAAGCGGCAGAAGAAAUAGGUGAUCUUUAUGAGAGAUCACUCUUUAUGAUGGGUUGCUUUUGUGUAGGACAAAACUUACAACUAUCAUUACUGCAGGUACAACUACUAAUAAAAGACUUCAUGAAAA